UGACGCACUCUCUUGGUUCCGCAGGCUGCCUGCGUCGCUAACAACACUAUUGUCCCACUGACAAGAAGGAAACACGGCCUGUGAACCACUUCUCCGCUCUCAGAGUUGUUCUUGGGAUUUAUUUUCAGCAGGACUUUUCAUUUCUAGUCAUGGAUUUGCUCCUGGAUUCUGGCUAAUUAUGACUUUUCCCCCAUUUUUUCAAAGUCAAGCAGAAUCUUCGUAACUCACUUUUUUUUUAAUCAAGAAAAGGGAAUCAUUUACUAUGUCUGUGACUGCUCUGUUCAGGAGCAAGUGGGGGCAGAAGUCACAGGACACUGCACAGAAGCAUCCAACACCUGUGGUUCAACCCAGCCAUGAUGAUGAUGAUGACGAGGAUGACCCAAAAGUUGGUUUCAGCAGAGAGCCUAUCCAAAGGAACUCACGCUUUUAUCGGUCAAUGAGGAAGAAGAGGCUGGUCUCAGCUCAGCAGUCUGAAAAUUCUAACAGACCUGGUUCAGACCACAGUCCAUCCAACAGAGCAGGAGUCUCUUCCUCUAAUACACCCUCACCCCACAAAUCACCUUCAUUGCAUGGGGCGAGACGCCCCCAGCUUUCACCAGAGCUCCAUCAUUCCAAAACUGUGUUGCCAAGCAAUGGUGAGGCCAGCAGCAGACAUGCUCUGUAUAACAGGGACGCUGUGGAUAGGAGAAGAGGAGGAGUGGGAGGAGGGAGGAGUGUGGACAUAUCUGCUGCCUCCAACAGCCAGCGUCAAGAUUUUACAGCUGACAUGAUCACUUACCGGACUCACGGCAUUCAUAGCGGAGACAUUAAAAAGCUGUCUGAGCAAACAGCUGAAGCUUGCACUGUACAGGAGGUCAAAAGGAAAAUCAUGAGCUCACAACGGCCCAGUUCUGACGGAGCAGACCAGGAUAACGCCAACCUCAGGUUGCUCAGCAAUGGAGAUGGCUCCCAGACAAUCUGCCAUAGCCUCAACAUUGUCAAAAACAUCGCCUUCCUGUACCAGGAAUACCGGGACACCUCCAAGCAGCACGAGAUUGAGCAACGGCGGCAGCAAGAGAACCUCUCUCCUACUGUCACAGCAGGGACUGUGGUGGCAGAGUCCGGUGGCAUGUCCCCUCCAGCGUUACAGCUGCAGCUUAGGAACAGUGCUCGGUCACUGAGCUUGUGGCAGAACCUGGAAGCUGUGCAGGCCAGUGGCCUACUCACCCAGUUACCGCAUAAAGAAAUCAUAAUGCAAGAGGCCAUGUUUGAGCUUGUUACCUCAGAAGCAUCGUACUACAAGAGUUUGGAAAUUUUAGAGACUCACUUCCUACGUAACCCUGUUUUAAUCAACACUCUCAGCCAAUCUGACAUGCAUUUUCUGUUCUCCAACAUCGAGGAGGUCAUGAAAGCCAGUGAAAGGUUCCUGAUGGAUCUCGAGCACCGCAUUGAAAAGUCUAUUUUGAUUUCUGAUGUGUGUGACAUUGUUUACUUCCAUGCCGUGGAACACUUCAGUGUCUUCAUCAAAUACGUCAUUAACCAGGUGUACCAGGAGAAGAACUACAGACGCAUUUUAGAGGGAAACCAGGCAUUUCGUGAAGCCAUGGCUGCACUGGAGAACCAUCCACGCGUCAGGGGCCUGUCCUUUACCUCAUUCCUAAUCCUUCCUUUCCAGAGGAUCACAAGGCUCAAGUUGCUUGUACAGAAUAUCCUGAAGAAAGCUGAAGAAAACUCAGAGAGGGAGGCAAAUGCUAUAAAAGCACAUCAGCAACUGGAGCAGAUUGUGAAAGAGUGUAACGAGGGGGUGCGAAAAAUGAGUCGCACUGAGGAGCUUAUCAGCAUUGAGAAAACACUGGAGUUUAAAUCCAAGUCUGUACCCAUCAUUUCCCACUCGCGCUGGUUACUAAAGAAGGGUGAAGUGCAGCUAAUGGCUGGACCUAAGAGCACUAGGACCAUGCGGAGUCGUAAGCUCUACCAACCAGUCUACUUGUUCCUUUUUAACAAUCUGCUGCUGGUCACUAAGCGCAGCUCUAGUGGGGACAAGUUCCAGGUUCUUGACUCAUGCACACGCGCCAUGUUGAGGACUGAAGAUCUUGAAGACCAGGGCCAGCUUCUGGCCAAUGUCUUUAAUCUUAAGCUGCUGGAAAACCAGGAGGAGCGUCCAGUCAGCUACAUGCUCAAGACCUCCAGUAUGAGUGAUAAGCUUCGAUGGAUGUGUGCUCUCACUCCUAACCGGCGCACACGCUUUAUGUCUACUAGUGCCCACCAACCAGACUCUCCACAGGUCCAGUGUAUCCAGUCAUACUCUUCUCAGGAGCCAGAUGAACUCUCCAUUGAGAUGGCUGAUGUUUUGAACCUCCUUGAGAGAACAGACGAUGGCUGGAUGAUGGGUGAAAGACUCCAUGAUGGUGAAAGGGGCUGGUUCCCUAGUCGAGUAGUAGAGGAAAUCCAGAGCAAGGAGGUCCGAGCUCAGAACCUGAGAGAGGCCUUUAGGAUCCAGCAAGCCCAGGAAGGUGGUGGAGGCCCGCAACCUGGAGCCAGGAUUGGUGUAAGGGUGGGGAGGCGCACCCCAAGGGCCUCCAAUUUCUCCAAUCCUUGAAUUGUUCAAAUGGAGGAGAGCAGUGAAGUAAAGCAGUGAAGCAGUAACAGUGAUGAAUAUCACCCUUCAGGGCCAUAUGCACUAAAAGACAUAAUCAGGAUACAUGUGACUUAAAUUCCAUACAAUAACAUCUUGUCCUUUUGAUUUUCACUUAGCAGUUGGUGGUUUUAGAAAUCCACAUUUUUGGACCCAGUGAUCUGGGACAAAACGCUUGAGUCAAUAACCUUGUACAAGCGAUGCUGCAUGUCUCAUAUAAAGGUGUGCUGAGGGUGUUUUGCAGGCCCACACACUGUCGCAUGUAAUGCAUGGAGCAAAACUCUGGGCUUGAUUAGGAACUGUGUGUGGGGAUGGCAAGAAACCUAAAAGGUCUUGUAAAGGUACUGUAAACAUCUGUCAGCUGCAUGGGCAAGUUUUAAAAAUUUUAAUGUUCAUUUCAUUGUAAAAUACCUUUCAACACUGAUUAUAGCCUACACCCACAACACAAACUGUCAAGUGUACAGUGGCCCCAAGAGCUCAAUGUACUGCAAUAUCAAGAGAUGGUUUUCCAGCAGCAGCGGUAAAACAGGCUGCAGAGUAAUGCCUAUGGGCAAUUAUGCUCCAUCAGUUUAUGUCCAUUGAAAGUGUUCUUUUCCACCACACGCAACGUAGCACCAGAAGAACAAAUGAAUGCCUUUUCACUCUGCUGAUGAAAAUGAGUAUAUCUCAAAAACUAAAUAAUGUACAUAAAUCAAAUAACUUAGGGAGUUUUAAGGAAUAUUUUGUUUAUGCUUCUCCAUUCAAAAAUCUUUUGUGUUUUUAUUAUGUAAAAUCUGAUUGAAAAACAUGUUUAAAAACAUGUCCAAUCUUUUUAAUUUAUUUUUUUAAAGGUUUGAUUUCUCUUUAGGGUCCUCUCCAUAAUGUUGUCAGACCCUUACAUUAAGAAUCUGAGCCCAUCAGUAGCAAAAACAAGCAAUUUUAAUGGAUAUAAAUUGACGGUGCACAUUUGUGUGCAGGGAUUAUAUUGCAGCCUGUUUUGCGGCUGUUGCUGCAGCGAUCUGGACUAAUUUAAAAAAUUGUUGUCUUCAUUAGUCACUUUCCUAGUCCACGUUCAAAAAAUAAUGAAUUUUGCAAAACAACAAAAACACAACAAAAUACAUGCAGUCCAUUGCGCUUUCAGGACCAUCAUACAAGUGUCUAAUAAAAUAGUAUUGUGUGAAAAUUA